GCUGUGGUCAAGUGUGGUCUGACGAUGGAGUUCAUCCCCGACACACCGUACCUGAAGGUACCUCCCGACACCCUGCAGGUGGUGAGAGACGACAUCGGCAUGGGGAGGCCCGGGGAGAUGAAGGAGGCCGUCAGGAUCCUGGACGAAUGGGUGCACCAGCAGCCGCAUUUUUUGGGGAAGGAUUUUCCUCCACACUACCUGGAGAUGACGAUAGUGAUGGCCAAGGGUUCCCUGGAGCGAGCCAAACGCGUGAUAGAGAACAUCACCACCGCGAGGACCCUGAGACCGGAGUACUUCCUGCCCGUAGACCCCAGGGUCCACUACGAACACUUCAAGGAGCAUUUCAAGCUGCUGGCGAUGCCGCAGCUGACGUCGGAGUACUACCGCAUCAUCAUCGUCAAGCUGACGGGCAAGGUUUUCAACGAGGUCAUGGCCCCCGUCUACAAGUUCGCCUAUACUUGUCUGGAAUACAUCAAGUCCCACGACUACAACAGCGGGAUAGUGCUGGUGUUCGACAUGACGGACACCGACCUGCAGCACUUCAUCACGCACGUCAACUUCUUCCAGCUGAGGGUCUGCUUGCUGACCUUCCUGGAAGCAUACGGCAUGCGUCUCAAGCGGUGCCACCUCCUCACGCGCUCCAAGAUGGUCCACUCCUUCAUCUCCCUGUUCCGCCCCAUCCUCAGUAAGAAGAUCUUCGACCGGGUGAUGGCCAACGACUCCGGGGAAGACCUCCUCCAGUACUACUGCAAGGAGUCCCUGCCCAAAGACUACGGGGGGACGAGUAAGAGCAUACAGGAGUUACAGGAGAUCGUCGCUUAUGACCUCUGCAGCGACGAGGAGUUGGUGCUGAUUGGGAAACUGAGCGCCAUCAAGAUGGACAGCACCAAGUGUACGCCCAGCCAGUUCGCCGAGUACGACGACAUGAACGGCACCUUCCGCGCACUCAAUAUAGACUAGAUAUAUGGCAAAGUGUACACUUACUAUAGACAAUAUAAUAGGCCAAGAUAAUUUAUGAUCAAGUGUACCCUGUACGCCCAGCCAGUUCGACGUACGACGACGACACGAACGGCACCUUCCGCGCACUAAUAUAGACUAGAUAUAAUAUAUUAUGGCAAAGUGUACACUUACUAUAGACUAGAUAAUAGGCCAAGAUAUGAUCAAGUGUACGCCCAGCCAGUUCGCCGAGUACGACGACAUGAAUGGCACCUUCCGCGCACUAAUAUAGACUAGAUAUAAUAUAUUAUGGCAAAGUGUACACUUACUAUAGACUAGAUAACAGGCCAAGAUAUGAUCAAGUGUACGCCCAGCCAGUUCGCCGAGUACGACGACAUGAACUGCACUAUUACAUUAAGUAUAUACGACAUGACUAGAUGAAGUGUAAGAUAAAGUAAAUAAAAUACAUUAAAAAUGAAUUACUUGUAUAUCAGAGGUAGGUCCUUGAAUAUAGUGAACAAAGAGAGGUGUUUUUGACUGCAACUAAGUUCAAAGUGUUACACUUGUUGGAAUGAAUUUAGACAUUAAUAAUUAGGAAAUAUAAUGUUGAUUCUUUCAUUUACAUUGAAAGUAAAUGAAGGAAUCAACAUUAUAAUAAUAAUUAC